AUGAACAGCAAUUCGAUGAAAACUGAACUUUUGAUCAUUGGGGUAAUCCUAGUUUGUUUUGUCGUUGGCACAGCUGGCCAGGGAAGUGGAGGAGCGGGAAUACCAGCAGUCCCUCCAGCAGUGAGUGAGUUGAUUUUUGCUGAUCAAAGACUAGCGGUGGUGUAUACUGUCAUUCAGAAAUUCAAAAACAUCAUCAUCUCGGAUCCUCUAAAUAUCACUGCAUCUUGGAUUGGGACAGAUAUAUGCAACUACAGAGGAUUUUAUUGUGAAAGUCCUCCAGACAACAUAUCUGCUAUUGCUCUGGCCUCCAUUGAUUUCAAUGGAUUCCAAUUAAGCGCCCCAACUCUCGAUGGAUUCCUCGAUCAACUACCUGAUAUAGCCCUCUUCCACGCCAACUCCAACAAAUUUUCCGGGAUUAUCUCUCCAAACAUUGCAAAACUCCCCUAUUUAUACGAGCUCGACAUAAGUAACAACCUGUUUUCAGGGCCUUUCCCAACUGCCAUUUUAGGCAUGGAUAGCCUAUCUUUCUUGGACAUACGUUUCAAUCUUUUCACCGGUUCAGUACCCUCGCAGUUGUUCACCAAGGACCUUGAUGCACUUUUCAUUAACAACAACAAUUUCAUGACCAGGCUCCCUGACAACAUAGGCAGCAGCCAUGUUCUUUAUCUCACCUUAGCAAACAACAAAUUUUUCGGGCCAAUCCCACAUAGUAUUUCCAAAGUAUUUUCCGCCCUGUCAGAAAUUUUACUGCUCAACAACUUUUUAAGUGGAUGUUUGCCAUAUGAAUUGGGGUUCUUGAAAGAGGCUGUGGUGUUCGAUGCUGGGAACAAUAGAUUGACAGGUCCAUUACCAUUCUCCUUGGGCUGCCUUGAGAAGCUGGAGGUUCUUAAUUUUGCUGGUAAUCUGUUAUAUGGGAUGGUACCUGAGGUUAUAUGCGCGGUAGGAAGUUUGACAAAUUUAUCGCUGUCUGAUAACUAUUUUACGCACGUUGGGCCAAUUUGUAUGAGCCUGAUCAAGAAUGGAGUACUCGACGUGAGGAAAAAUUGCAUUCCGGGGUUGCCAUUUCAAAGAUCAUUGAUGGAAUGCGUGAUAUUCUUCUUGCACCCAAGAUAUUGUCCCUACAAGGGGAUAUAUCAUUACAUUCCUUGUUGGCUUCCUCACUUCAGCUCUUCUCCAUAA